UGGCACGGGAGGGGAGCUCGUGUAGAGCCCGGCGCAGGCGGACUGAGCUGGGGGGUUUAGGAGUUGGGGCUCCUCUGCGCGCCGGGGCCGGCCUUCGCCCAGUGGAACUGCGACCUGGGCUCCAGGGUCCUGUGCGGAUCGGGUUAGGGUUGGGGUUAGCUCGCACAGAUCUAGGCUUGGUGCGGGGAUUCACGAAGAGAGAACCUGGGUCUCCUCUGAACCGGGGACCCAGGGUUUCACCUGGAGGGGCGCGGACUUUAUAAGGGUCCCCACGGCGGAGCUUGAGAUGGAGAGCCCGGGGCACACCGCGGUGGCCGGAAGACCUUUUCCUCCAGGGAGCCCUGGCGCAGGGUCCAGGUUGCCUCUUUGGAUGCAGGGCCGCUGCCUGGUGGAGAGCUUCGCAGGAGACCGGCCUAAGCAGAGGCACCCAAAAAGAAAGGGAAGAAAGGUAAACCCAAAGGGACCCCAGUUGUGGAUGGGCUAGCUCCAGAGGACAUGAACAAGGAACAGGUGGAGGAGCACAUCAUGCGUGUGCGGGAGGAGCUGGACCGGGAGCGGGAGGAGCGCAACUACUUCCAGCUGGAGCGGGACAAGAUCCACACGUUCUGGGAGAUAACGCGAAGGCAGUUGGAGGAGAAGAAGGCCGAACUGCGAAACAAAGACCGGGAGAUGGAGGAGGCUGAGGAAAGGCAUCAGGUGGAGAUCAAGGUGUAUAAGCAGAAGGUGAAGCACCUGCUGUAUGAGCACCAGAACAACCUGACAGAGCUGAAGGCCGAGGGCACCGUGGCCAUGAAGCUGGCCCAGAAGGAGCACCGCACACAAGAGAGCGUGCUGCGCAAGGACAUGCGGGUGCUCAAGGUUGAGCUCAAGGAGCAGGAGCUCGCCAGCGAGGUGGUGGUGAAGAACCUGCGGCUGAAACAUGCCGAGGAGAUCACCAAGAUGCGGAAUGACUUUGAGAGGCAAGUUCGAGAAAUUGAGGCCAAGUAUGACAAGAAGAUGAAGGUGCUGAGGGAUGAGCUUGAUCUGCGAAGAAAGACUGAGAUCCAUGAAGUGGAGGAGAGGAAGAAUGGCCAGAUCAACACCCUGAUGCAGCGCCAUGAAGAGGCCUUCACUGACAUCAAGAACUACUACAAUGACAUCACGCUCAACAACCUGGCCCUCAUCAACUCCCUCAAGGAGCAGAUGGAAGACAUGCGAAAGAAGGAGGAGCACCUGGAGCGAGAGAUGGCGGAGGUGGCCUCGCAGAGCAGGCGCCUGGCGGAUCCCCUCCAGAGGGCCCAGGACGAGAUGGCUGAGAUGCAGAAGAAGCUUGGGAACUGUGAGAGGGACAAACAGAUCCUGGUGAGCACGAAAGCACGUUUGAAGGUUACCGAGAAGGAGCUGAAGGGCCUGCAGUGGGAGCACGAAGUGCUGGAGCAGCGCUUCAUCAAGGUGCAACAAGAGCGGGACGAGCUCUACCGGAAAUUCACGGCGGCCAUUCAGGAGGUGCAGCGGAAGACUGGCUUUAAAAACUUACUGCUGGAGCGCAAGCUGCAGGUGCUGAGUGCUGCUGUGGAGAAGAGAGAUGUGCAGUUCAACGAGGUGCUGGCAGCCUCCAACCUGGACCCUGCUGCGUGGACGCUCGUGUCUCACAAACUUGAGGAUGUUUUGGAAUCGAAGAACACCACCAUCAAGGACCUCCAGUAUGAGCUGGCACGGGUCUGUAAGGCCCACAACGACCUGCUGCGCACGUAUGAGGCAAAGCUUCUAGCCUUUGGGAUCCCCUUGGACAAUGUGGGCUUCAAACCUCUGGAGACAGCUGUGAUAGGGCAGACACUGGGCCAAGGCCCUGCGGGACUCGUGGCUACGCCAACGUAGUCACCAGCCUGCUGCAUGCCACAGAGCCUGCCUGGCAUCACUAAACGGCUGAUAACUCUUUUACACCAAGGACAGCAAGUUUUUGUUUUAGAGGUCAUCAUCAGCAAAUUAAAUUUUCCACAGUUUGUUUGUUUCUUUCUUGCCUGCCCCUGUGGAGGAAACCCAUCUGUAGAACCUUACUCCUGGUGUCGUGUCUGCCCGCUCCCUGCCAUGUGUCUGGUCUGUGCUGUGGCCACCCCUCUCACCCUGCCCCUGACUUCAGUGGCUCCUCAGAGGGCCCCUGGUCACUCUGGGCCAGGGUGGUGCAUCAUUCUUUGCCCAACACCAGGAGCAGCUUUACAGAUGCCAGCACUAACUUGGUUGAUACUUGAGUCAUAGCUGCCCGGAGAGGCUCCAGGGGCCCAGGAAGCUGGUGACCACACCCACAAUGAGCAAGGAGUCCACUCUGUCAGGGGCUGGGCAGGCUGUGCCAGAGUGUGUGUUGGGGGCAGCUGGUUGGCUGUACCUCCCUUGGUGUGUGGUAUAGGACCAUGGGCUCAGCAGCAGGGGCACGUGGAACUUCUAGGUCUAGUUUGUGAUGGUGAAGGCAACCUGAGAAGCAGAGAUGGCCCUGGAGGACAGCGAGGGAUCACAGCGCCCCCAAGCUAUGCCCCAGGGCUUCCUGGGGGCAUUAGCAGCCCAGACUGUAGGGUGGGGUCAGCUGAUGGGGGACAGAGCCCUUCCCAGGGCCUGGGGGAUGGUCAUGCCUCCCUGGUACAGUGCCAGGGAGCCUGCAGCCCAGGUCUGCUGGAUGUAAAAAAGGCCAGGUUCUUCGAUGGUGGCUCCAGGUUCUUUGAAGGGAGGCAUCAGGGCAAGCCCAAUGAGCUGCACUCUGGGCUGAGAUGAAAAUCGGUGUACAGAGGGGCAGGUGAGUCAGCACUGGCCUGGCCUUCCCCAAAGCCUAACCCAGAGGCAGCUCUGGUGUGGGCAUCUCAUCAUGACAGCCAGUGACGCCUCUGGUCCCCGGACACCUUUCUUCGGAGAGCUCAAAGCAGGUGAGUUAACCUGCCUGGGAAGAAGUGAGACCAGUCUGCCCACAGCCUGGAUGAAGGUGGUCACAGUGUCAGAGGCCUGCGUCCGUCUGUAGCCCUCACCUCUACAUAUGGGUGGAACCUCUCCUGCCCCAUCUUCCAGUAGCUCUCGGUGUCAAGCGACAGCUGGUAGGUGCCUGGCUUCAUCUGGCCUGGCCUUAGAAGGCCAGGGCGGUGGCCAUCCGUAUCGGUGUAGUUGGGGAGAGGACAGGGCUACAGGACUAUCCUACCCCACUCCUCCCAGUCUGCACCCUGGAGGUACGGAUACUCCACAGCCUGAUACAGAUGGGCAGCAGAGGUUGGGGGCUGUCUCCAGGGACACUGCUGCACUGUCUUAUAUAGGAAAUUAUAAUCCAGAAAAGCCAGAAGGGAAAAAGUCUUCUGCAGUACCCUGUGAGCAAUAAUCCCUAUAUUUUUGUUUUUUUAUUUUUGGUACCGGGGAUUGAACUU